AUGUCCUUCAUUGAGGGCUGGGCUCAGAAGCCCUUCCCUACCCUUGCCUUCUCUGCCGGAGGCGUCCUUGCUCUUGCUGACCUACAAACCAUUGCCCAACGGACAGCUCUCACGGGCGGGGCUAGCUGGAUGGAUACUCUCCUGCUGGCUCCCGGGAUUCAUUACCAGCAGGCCGCUGAUGAGCUGUUCCGCAAGGGCGGCGCCGGAGCUAUUAUUGACGUCGUUGACGAGCUUGAUGGCUCGGCCGUGGUGUUCAAGCUCAACAAUGCCGCCACCGCACACUACAUCCAAAACGUCGCCAAACCCGGUGAGACAGUAACGCUCGAUGUCGGCCGUGCUGUCGCUGCCCGGGGCCGGUACAAGCUGCACCGGUCUGAGAGCGGUGACACCGCCACCGCGUGGAGGGAGACUCAGGUAACCGACUUUGGAUGGAUUUCUCACGCGCUAUACCUAGCCGGCCCCGUCCUCACCAUCGCCGCCAUCACCUUCAUCGUCCUCUUCAAAGACUGGUGGGCGCUCAUGUCCAUCCUGGCGCUCAUGACCUCGCGCCUGCUCAACAUCUGGGUGAUCAAGCAGCGGGCGUCACACGCGGACAAGUCCGAGCACGGGCAGCGGUCGACUCCCGACAGCAACAACAACAAAAGACUGCGCUCCCCCUCGCCCUCAACAGUGCGCCGCAGCAGCGCCAGCCGCCAGACGGCAGGGCGCAACAGCUCGGAGCGGCGCCACCGCCUGUCCUUCUCGGCCACGCGCCAGCGCAUCUCCCAGUUUCUCGUCCGCCUCAACGACGCCGAGCACCGCACCAUGGUCCGCCUGCGCGGCAAGGCCAGCGACAUCCGCGAUGUCACCACCCGCAGCUGGCUCCGCCGCAAAACCCACCUCGAAGGCUACCUCGAAGCGACCGCCAAACUUAUCGUCUACCUGGUCGCCGCCCUGUCCGGCAACAUGACCCAGUCGGGCUCCAUGGUCAUGAUGGCGGUGCUGCUGGCCACCGCAGGGCUGCCAGCCGUGAGCAACGCCAAGGCGAAGAAGCUUGUUGUUAAUGGAGCGCCGGUGGGCGUGGCGGCGGAUGGUGAGGGGGGCAAGGCUGGGGGGGGUGGGACAGCUGCUGGUGGUGGGGGUGGGAAUGGUGGUGCUGUUGCUUCGCAGAGUGGGGCGAGGCCGGCGCCGUUUGCGAGUGUAGCUGGGGGGAGGGUUGCGGAGGCUGGCCGGGGGCGGCCGAGGCAAGCUAAUGGGGGCGCUACCGCGGCGGUUAUGGAUCCGAGAGAGGGGAGGCCGGCUCCUGGGCCGGGUGGGAUGCGUAGAGGAGGGGGGAAUCAGGAGGAUUUGGCGGAACGGGGCCAGGCUGGACACGUUAGAUUCAAUAGGUGA